AUGCAGUGCUCGAUGAUCGACCGAGAAGAUAAAAUCAAAGAGUUCUUGGACCUGUCCUUGGCGGAGGCGGAGAAGGGCGUAAACGCUGGGGACGGCGGUCCUUUCGGGGCCGUAGUGGUAAAGGACGGCAAGGUGGUGGCGAGUGGUCACAACGAAGUUUUGAAGACGAACGACCCGACGGCGCACGCUGAGGUGACGGCGAUUCGCCGCGCGUGCGCGGCUUUGAACUCGUUCGACCUCAAAGCUUGCGAACUGUACUCCAGCUGCUAUCCGUGUCCGAUGUGCCUUGGCGCGGUCCUCUGGUCUCGCUUGAAACGCGUCUACUACUGCAGUUCGCCCGAUGACGCCGCCAAGGCCGGAUUCGACGACAGCGCGUUUUAUGAACAGGUUAAUGUUCACAACAAGCGCUGUAUCCAUGUGCCGGUUGAAAACGCUCAUCGCGUCAUACAGCUCUGGAACAAGAAGGCUGGCAAAGUUCCUUACUGA